GAUGAUGAUGAUGAUGAGAAUGAUAAUGCCGACGAUGAAGAUGUCGUUGAUGAAGAUAUCGAUGACGAAGAUGUCGAUGAUGCCGAUAACAAUGAUAACGAUGAUGUCGAUGAUGUCGAUGAAGUCGAUGGUGAUGUCGCCGAUGCCCGUUAGCGCGUCCUUGUGAGGGGAAUAUUAAGCCGCGAACGACCUUUCAAUUUCGCAACGAAGCCUCGCCGACUGGCGCUGCUGCCGUUGUUAUCGUUUGUUCGUUCUUUCAUAUUCCAUUGGUUGCAUAAGAAGCGGCUUCCUCUCGGACGGGACGCGCACGUCCGAAGUCACAUGUGGCACGCUUCACCUUUCUCUGAUCGACGAAAAGUUGCGAGGAUGUACGUUAAGUGGAAGUGGCCGUGCACUAGUGCCAAGUCGUGAACUCAGGUCGCAGCAAAGGCAAGUCCGGAUUGACCCUCUCGUCCACGAGGUUCGUUCCUGUGCUGUGUGGAGUGCGACUCACCCUGCGACGAAGAGCGAUGAAGACGGCGAUUGGGAAGCGUCAACGCGACAGCGCUGACAGCAGGCGGACGCUUAAGGGCCACUCGUCGAGGGUGACCUCGGGGCUCCUGCUGCUCCUGCUGCUCGCGCUGCCCACGGCGAGCAUCACCGCCCAUGCCGCCACCCUCCAUCAGGACGCGGACGGCUUCACGACCCACAGGCCCGCGAUGACCACAGAGAUGGUCUAUCAAAGCUUCGCGAUCGAGCCAAUGGACCAGACGACGGCGAUCGGGAGCACGGUAACGUUGCCGUGCCGCGUCCUCAAUCGUAAAGGUCCCAUUCAGUGGACGAAGGACGAUUUUGGCCUCGGGGCCGUGAGGAACCUAACUGGCUACGAGCGCUACACCAUGAUUGGCAGCGACGAGGAGGGUAAGUUGAAGAAUAAGUCACGCAGCUGCGCUAACUUUCACAAUGCCUCAAGUUCGCGAGUACUUGAACCAGGACUGUGGCGAAUUGAUAACGAGUGCCCCGAAGUCCAGCCGUUUUUGCGAUUAAAAAAAUAA